AUGAGAUGGAACGAUACCAGCAAGACUUUGAUGAGAGGGAGGGACAAGGCAGAGGCAAUCUCGCGAUGCGAAAAGGGAAAGGACAGCAAAGAAGUAUUCUACAGGAUACGUGGGGAGAACGGCGAAAUGUUCAUGUCGCCAUACAUGAGCACUAUGUCGAAGAUAGGUCGAAACAAGAUGAGACCGUUGGUGUCAUCGAUCAAGCAUUACAGCAAGACGCCGGCUGAUCCUUUGCGCGGGCGAAGAAGUUUCUCAACAGCAUCGGGGGAGGGCGAGAGUAGCCGGGAGGAGGAAAGCUUUGAUUACGUCAUCGUAGGAGCAGGGUCGGCAGGAUGCGUCCUUGCGAACAGGCUGACAGAAUCGGGGAAUCACUCAGUGCUGCUGAUCGAGUAUGGAGGAAGUGACGUUCAAGACCCUAGAAGUAUCUUCAUCCACAUGCCGACCUGCCUCGCCAUCCCUAUGAACAUGAAGAAGUACAACUGGUUCUUUGAGUCUGAGCCUGAGCCCGGGCUAGGAGGUCGUCGCCUUCACUGUCCUCGAGGAAAGGUGAUUGGAGGGUCUUCCUCUAUCAACGGGAUGGUGUUUGUGCGGGGAAAUGCGAGGGAUUUCGACCACUGGGAGGAGGAGCAUGGUGCCAGAGAAUGGUCCUUCCGACAUUGUCUGCCUUACUUCAAGAAGAUGGAGACAUGGAGGGAGACGAACGACCCUGAUUGGAGGGGUCAAGAUGGGCCUCUCACAGUCUGCAACGGACCGGUUGUCAACCCGUUGUACCGAGCCUUCAUUGAUGCGGGAAUCGAGGCUGGCUACGGGGCAACCCAAGACUACAACGGUUACAGGCAAGAAGGGUUUGGAAAGAUGGCGAUGACUGUCAAGGACGGGGUGCGAGCGAGUACGGCAAACGCGUUCCUGCGAGUUAAAAAGGUUGUUCUCGAGGGGAAGAAGGCGGUGGGGAUCAAGUAUAAAGUUGGCAAUGUUGAGAAACAAGCUCGUGCAAGACGCGAAACGAUCUUGAGUGCUGGAGCAGUUGGGUCGCCACAUUUGCUGCAGCUGUCGGGUGUCGGUGACAGCAGCCAUCUGAGCAGCAUCGGGGUGGAGACUUGUCAUCAUCUGCCGGGCGUCGGGCAAAACCUCCAAGAUCACCUCGAGCUCCUCCUUCAGUACAGAUGCAAGCAGCCUGUCUCCCUCUACGACCAUCUCAACAUCAUCGGGAAGCUCAGGAUUGGAAUCCAAUGGAUCUUGACGAGGAAGGGGCUGGGGGCAACGAACCACAUGGAGGCGGCAGGGUUCAUCAGAAGUGACGCCGGGAUAGAAUAUCCAGACAUCCAGUACCAUUUCAUGCCUGUGGCUGCUUCGUACGAUGGGAAUAGCGUCGUAGAAGGCCAUGGGUUUCAGGCUCAUUGCGGCCCGAUGAGAUCGAAGAGUCGAGGGCACAUCCUUGCUCGCACAAGGAACGUGCAGGACCACCCCAAGAUCCUCUUCAACUACCUCACGCACGACCAGGACAAGGAGGAGUGGAGGAAGGUGGUCAGGCUGACAAGGGAGAUCAUUGCGCAGCCUGCGAUGGAUCCGUUCAGAGGAGAGGAGAUCUCGCCCGGAGCACAAGUGCUGUCCGAUCAAGAUAUCGAUGAAGCGGUGCGACAGAAGGGUUGAAAGUGCUUAUCAUCCUUGCGGAACUUGCAAGAUGGGCAAGGGAAAUCAAUUCGACGUCGUCGACAGCCAUCUCAGG